AUGAAAAAACAGGGUAACAACCUGAGUACUCUUAAUGAUAUUAACAAUCAAAAUGAGGAAUCACAACAUAAUUAUUUAAAUUCUAAUUUAGAUAAUUAUAAAUAUUGGCAAUAUAAUACGAUUUUACUUUACAAUGUUAUUAUGAUAUAUACAUGUGAAUGGCCAUCAUUAUUUAUAGAAUGGUUACCAAAUGUUUAUAAAAGUGAUGAAGACUAUUAUUAUCAAGAUUUAAUAUUGGGGACAUAUACAACCGAAAAAAAUAAUUACAUUUUGAUUUUAGAAGUUAGCUUGCCGAGUGAACAAUUUUCUUUUUCUAGCUUUUAUUAUGAAAAAAUAAAUGACUAUAGACAUAAUUUUUGUAAUGAUACUAGUAAAAAUUUCAAAAUAAAGAAUAAAAUAUAUCACGAAUGUGAAAUAAAUAAAAUAAGUUGUAACCCGAAAAAUUCAGAUGUAAUAGCUUGUUUUUCAUCAGAUGGCAAUAUUAAUAUUUUAAAUUUAGCAAAUUAUCAAUAUGAAGAAAAUGAACUUAAAAAAAAUAUAGGAAAUUUCGAUUUUAUUUUAAAGGGACAUUUAUAUCAGGGUUGGGGAUUACAGUGGGAUGAAGAAAAUGAUUUAAUUUCAUCUUGUGCAGAUGAUUCAUAUUUAUGCAUAUGGGAUAUUAAUUCAGGAAAAAAAGUAGUUAAUCCAUUAAUGAAAUUUUUUAAUAAUAAUAUACCUUUACAAGACUGUUGCUGGAAAGAUAAAAAUGUUUUAACAGUUUCAGAAAAUGGUUAUAUAAAUAUAUAUGAUAUACGUAGUAAAAAUUUAGUGAAUUCAAUAAAAGCAACAAAUUUCACUUUAAAUUCAAUUGACAUAAAUCCACAUAAUAGAAAUAUUUUUGCAACAGCUGGUACUAAUAAAGAAAUAGAUUUAUGGGAUAUUCGUUGCACAAGUAAAUCAUUGCAUCGAAUUAUUUCACAAAAAGAAACUAUCAUAAAAUUAAAGUGGGAUAAAUAUCAACCAGGAAUUUUAUCUUCCUCAUCAAGUGAUAAAUAUAUUUAUUUUUUUGAUACAAAUAAAAUAGGAAUAGAACAAACAUACGAAGAUUCUCAAGAUGGACCUCCUGAGCUUAUAUUUAUUCAUGGUGGCCAUUCUUCUAAUAUUUUAGAUUUUUCAUUAAAUACAUCCUAUUCAAUGAUGAUUUCUUCUAUUAGUGAAGAUAACACACUACACAUUUGGCAACCAUCCAAGCAAGCAUUCGAAGAUGCAUCAGAUACAUAUGAUGAUACUGAAGUUGAAUAA